ACCCUCAAAUCAUCCAAUUUUCCUUCAUUCAAUCCUAAAGAAAGUUAAAAAAAAAUGUCAGGAAGAGGAAAAGGAGGAAAGGGAUUGGGAAAAGGAGGAGCGAAGAGGCACAGGAAAGUUCUCAGAGACAACAUCCAAGGGAUCACGAAGCCUGCGAUUAGGCGACUCGCUCGCAGAGGAGGCGUGAAGCGGAUCAGCGGCUUGAUCUACGAAGAGACGAGAGGAGUUUUGAAGAUAUUUCUCGAGAAUGUGAUCAGAGACGCCGUGACUUACACCGAGCACGCGAGGAGGAAGACGGUGACGGCGAUGGAUGUUGUUUAUGCUCUGAAGAGACAAGGACGCACUCUCUAUGGAUUCGGUGGUUAAAAUCGGUUUGGUUUCUUGGUGGUGCUGUUGCUGCUGAUUAAGUCUUGCUGUCAAGAAAUCGAGAGAUUUAUUAGGGUUUACUUCUUCGUCUUUGUUGGUUUGUGAUUAUGGUUUUGGGUAAUUGCAGUACUGUAUCGAAGUUUAUCUUCUGGUAUAAUGAAAGUCCUAUUACUCUAUUUCAA